AUGACGGACAACGACUCUUCGGCCCCUACGGAGCCUAGCCCCCGACUCUUUCUGAGACCUAUCGGUCCUGACACCAACAAAGAGCAGAUCGAAGACCUGUUCAGCUCCCAUGGCCCCAUCAAGGAGGUCAAGCUGAUCAAAAACUACGGCUUCAUCGAGUUUGACAGUCUGGACGACGCCAUCCGGGCCAAGGACAACGUUGAUGGCCAGCCCCUCAACGGCGAGCCUCUCUUCUGCACCUACGCCAACCCCAUCAAGGUGCGAGAGCCCCGAACCUACCGGGACCGAAACGAUCGUAACGAUCGAGGCGGUGACCGAAAGGAGGACAUUUUCCGAGUCAACAUCUCCGGCCUGGCUCCCGGUGUCUCCUGGCAGGAUCUCAAGGACUUUGGCCGAACCGCCGACGUCGACGUUACGUACACCAACGUGUCUCGAGACCGAGAGGGUGAGGGCACUGUCGAGUUCCGAUCCGCUGACCAGAUGGAGCAGGCCGUCUCCAAGCUCGAUGGAACCGAGUUCAAGGGCGAGAUUGUCACCCUUAAGAUUGAUCCCAACCCCCGACCUCGUGAACGACGAGGCGACCGACGAGGCGACCGCGGUGACCGUGGUGACCGAGGAGGUCGAGACGGUCGAGACGGCCGAGACGGCCGAGACCGACGACGAGACACAUACAUGCCCUCUCGAAACGGCGACCGAGGUGACCGACGAGGUGACCGACGGGGAGGCCGGGACGGAGGACGUGGCGGUGAUCGGGGAGACCGUGGAGACCGAGGACCCCGACGAGACCGACCGGGACCUCGAGGCGACCGUGAUCGAGACGACCGUGAUCGAGAUGACCGACGAGAUCGAGAUGACCGACGAGAUCGAGACGACCGUGACGACCGUGACGACCGGGAUCGGCGACGAGACGACCGUGAUGUCCGAGAUGAAGCUCCCGAGCGAAGACGGUCUCUGUCUCCCGAUGCUCGACGUGGUUCUCCUCCUCCCCCUCCUCCUCCUCCUGCUGACCCUGUGUGGUAA